AUGUCGCAAUCUAAUCUCAGUCCUAUUUAUAAUUCGCAACGACAAAGGUCUAUUUCAGAGGCAACGAUUCAUCCUGAUUUGGGAAUUCUUUCGAUAAAGGACUCAAACUUGAUGAUGGCCGAAGCUUCAGGGUUAUCACUGGGUGUAGGGUCCAACGUGGGAGCUGCUGGUGGGAAUACCGAUAUACCACCCGAUUUGGCGAUUUUAUUGCAGAAAUUAGACGAAGACUUUUUGGUCAAUAAAACAAUCGAUCAAUGGAACUAUAUCAACCGAAGAGAAGCAAUACUUCAGUCGAUAAAUAAGCUACACCAACAAAACCAACGGGACUAUUUCCCGUUGGAUCCAUCUAAAUUGGAGUUACCUUUGAAGCCGCGGAUCUCCACCACCAAUGCUGCUGCUGCUGCUGCUGCUGCUGCAUCAUCAUCAUCAUCAUCGUCAAAAGGUAAAAUCACUAAUGAUUUUGUUGACAUCUUGGCUUCAAGAGCCACCCUUUACAAGACCGAUUUGGCAUUUGUUGUUUUGGACUCAAAGAGCAAAGAAAUGAGCUCAAUAACCUGGGAGAAAAUAUACCUCAAGUCAGUGAAAAUAGCACACGAGAUUCACCAUAGAGUAUCUAUGAAAAACAGCGACACGGUUGUUUUACUUUACAAAGAUGGAGAAGUGGUGGAGUUUGUAACCGCAUUGUUUGGUUGCUUCAUUGCAGGAGUAACUGCGAUACCAAUACACCAGGAUAUUUCCUUGACAGAGGUUAUGGGUAUACUAAAUUUGACAUCCUCAAAGUUGUUGCUUUACUCAGAAACUGUGGCAAAGGAACUCGAUAGGCUCAACGCCCAGAGUCUGAGGAUUCAGUGGCCCUCAAAACUUUUACGCUGGCGAACAACAGAUCUUGGGUCAGCUAAGAAAUCGGAAAUAUCAUACUGGACCUCAAGGCGACUGCAUACAAAUGAAAAGAUGUCGAAUAUGAACCUUGCAUAUAUUGAAUUUUCAAGGUCACCAGUUGGAGAGUUGAGAGGUAUAGCUUUGAGCCAUAAGACUAUUUCCCAGCAAAUGUUUUGUCUUGAUAAGGCUCUUCUGAGUCUUCCGGACUCUGGAGGUGGUUUGUGCCGAAGCUUCAAGAGUUAUAAAGGGAACAAAAAAGUUGUUCUUGCUACCUUGGAUGUGAGGUUCUCCAUUGGGCUCAUUUUAGGGGUAUUGUUUACUGUUUACACUGGGAAUGUGUUGUUCUGGGCACCACAAAGAGUAAUGGAGAUACAAGGUUUAUAUGCCAAUAUUAUCACCAAAUGUCGUGCUUCCCUUCUCCUUGCAGACUAUUUGGGAUUGAAAAGAGUGACAUAUGAUUAUCAGCAGUCGCCUAGUGCAACGAGGUAUUUCUCAAAAACCACAAGGGUGGACUUUUCUUCAGUGAAAUGGGUGCUUGUUAAUGCAUUAACUAUUGAUGGUGAGUUUAUGGAAAUUUUGUCGCAAAGAUACCUCCGACCUUUGGGUUGUCAACAUCCUGAAAACGCCAUUAUUCCUAUGCUCACUUUGAGUGAAUAUGGAGGAAUGGUUAUAUCUCUAAGAGACUGGUUAGGAACAAAUGACCGUUUGGGAAUUAACGUCAACGAAGAAGAAUCCAAUGAUUUGUCAUCAGUACUUAUAGAUAAGGACGCAUUGAGUCAAAAUCUUGUAAAGAUUGUUGAAACAAACCCAUCCACUUCGGAUGACGUUAGCAAUGAACUUUUGCGUGUUGAUGCUUUUGGGUACCCGCUUCCUGAUGCAACUUUAGCUGUUGUAAAUCCCGAGCUGUCGACUUUAGUACAAAAGGGAGAAUUGGGUGAAAUAUGGAUCGAUAGUCCUUGUCUUUCUGGUGGAUUCUACGGACUACGUAAAGAAUCAAAACUGAUAUUCCAUGCAAAAUGUAGAGGUCCAAAUGGCCCUUUGGAGAUGGAUUUUUUGAGGACAGGAUUAUUGGGGUUUGUAUAUAACGGCAAAGUUUACGUGUUGGGUCUUUAUGAAGAUAGAAUUAGACAGAGAGUAAGUUGGAUUGAUCAAGCUUUAUUCAAAAAAUUGAACAAACCUCAAGUGGAAGGAUUGAGCUCCCGGUAUCAUUACUCAUCUCACUUGUUGGCAACUUUGGCUAGCGAGGUCAAACAAUUAUACGAUUGCACAAUAUUUGACAUAUUCAUUGGAAACGAGUAUCUCCCUGUGGCUAUUGUUGAGGCUGAGGUUAUACGUAAACAGUUUGACGACCUGAACGACGCGGAAAAUGCAAACGGAGGAGGGGGAGGUACCAAAUUGAAAAAUAGUGAAGCUGAUUAUGGGAGUGGUGCUCCAUUAAAUGAACCUGUUCUCAAUGCCAUUGCACAACAGUGUUUUGACACGCUUUAUAAACGUCAUCAUUUAAGACUAUAUUGUGUUUUAGUUGUUGAUUGUGACACGUUGCCAAAGAUCAUGAGGAGUGGCGGUCGAGAAAUAGCCAAUAUGUUGUGCAAAAAGAAAUUUUUGGAAGGAACGUUGCGAGCAGAAUUUGUCAAGUUUUUUGUAAGAAAGUCAAUUAGCUUGAUACCGCAUGGGGAAGAUGUGAUUGGGGGUAUUUGGUCGCCAUACGUAUCGGAACUCAGAAACAAAGCCUUACACAAUUUUCCGGAUCAGUACUCAAAUAUAGAUUAUAGAGCAAAAUCUAGUGACGAAAAGACUGGAGUUGUGUUGACGGAUUUUAAAACAAUUCAGGACAUUAUGAAGUUCCGGGUUUCGAAAUUAGGAGACUCCGUUGCAUUCCACAGCGUGGAUGCGAGCGGCAAGAAUAAACCGUUGACUUGGAAAAAAUUUGAACACAAAGUAUAUGCAAUGUGUCAAUAUUUACUUGAAAAGACCAAUUUACGGGCUGAUCAAUAUGUUAUUUUGAUGUACUCACUUUCUGAGGAUUUUGUUGUUGCUGUUUAUGCGUGUUUGAUUUGUGGCAUAAUACCUAUUCCAAUGUUGCCCUUUGAUUCCAAUAGGAUUGGCGAGGACUUCCCAGCCUUUAUUGGAGUCAUUCGAGACUUUGAUAUAUCAGAAAUUUUAGUCAAUGAUGAAGUAGAAAAGUUUUUGAAAAAUGGUCCAAUUGCAGAUUCCCUCAAGAAAGUGACUCACAAGAAAGUAAAGUCUUUAAGGAUAAAAAAUACAACGAAACUAAGCAAGGUUUCCAACUUGUCAUCUUUAACAGCAAAACUCAAUCAAGGAUCACUGAAGCGCGCAGUAGAUGAAAACAAAACAGCUAUGGUUUGGUUAAACUUUACAUCUGAUCAUUACCGUGUCGGUGCUACGCUAAGCCACAAGAACAUAAUCGGGAUUUGCAAAGUUUUCAAGGAGACUUGUAACCUCAACUCAAACUCGUCAAUCGUGGGUUGUGUGAGACAUGCUGUUGGUAUUGGGUUUGUUCAAACGUGUUUGCUAGGUGUGUUCUUGGGAACCACCACUUAUUUAAGCUCGCCUGUAACUUAUGCUGAGAAUCCACUAUCAUUUUUCUUAACACUUGCUAGGUACAAGGUUAAGGAUGUGUUUGUUACUGAACAAAUGCUUAAAUAUGCUGCAAUCAAAUUUGCACCAACAGGUUUCAACUUGUCACCAUUGAAAAAUAUGAUGAUUAGUACAGAAAGUAGAAUUGAAGUGGACUUGUUGAGGAAAAUUUCCAAAGUGUUUCAGCCUACCAAAUUAAGCGCAGCAUCUAUGUCCACUGUUUAUAGCCAUUACUUCAAUCCGAUGAUAUCAACUAGAUCCUAUAUGACGGUUGCACCAGUUGACUUGUUUUUGGAUCCUAUUGCCUUAAGACAAGGUUACAUUUCUGUGGUGAACCAAGAAGAAGUACCAAAUGCGCUACAUAUUCAAGAUUCUGGAAUGGUUCCCGUUUGUACUGAGGUGGCAAUUGUGAAUCCUGAAACAAGAAAAAUAUGUAAAGAAGGUGAAUAUGGUGAAAUAUGGGUGUGUUCGGAAGCAAAUUUGAGCUCCUUCACAAAUGGACCAAAGGGACCUAUUGACCAUUUCAGUCUGGUGCAGUUUAAUGGGGUUAUAGCAGAUGGUAACCCAGAAGUAACAUACUUGCGUACUGGUGAUUUGGGCUUUUUGCAUAACGUCUCGAUUACCAAAAAUAAUUCCCGCAAUAAUGGACAGCAGGAUGUGUCUUCAUUCCAGCCACUUUUCAUAUUGGGAAAAAUUGCAGACACUUUUGAAGUGAUGGGUUUACAUCAUUUUCCUAUUGAUAUAGAAAACACCAUAGAGUAUUGUCAUGCAGAUAUCUACAAAAACGGGUCAUGUGUAUUCAGAUGUGCCGACUAUACCGUGGUGGUAUGUGAGUCUAAACGUACUCGAUAUUUUGCUUCUUUGGUUCCAUUAAUUAUCAACACUGUGCUCAGUAAGCAUCAUCUCAUCAUUGAUAUUGUUGGUUUUAUCAAAAAGGGCGAGUUUCCUAUUUCAAGACUAGGCACUAAACAGAGAGCAAGAAUUGUUGAUGCUUGGGUGCAGGGUGUUAUACCAAUUAGCGCGUCAUAUGGUGUCAAUUACGGAGAAAAUAGCAUGAUCAAGUUAAUCAAGGAGAUAGACAAGGCUGCCCUCGAAGACCCAGUAAGUGGUCUCAAGAACCCUGCUCUAUCGUAUUACGAUACCGACGACACUGAGGUUUUUGGAGUAGAGGAGAGGCUGAUGUUACGGUUGAACAAGGAAGGAGGAUGA